GCCGUGGGGAGGGGGCGGGACGAGCGUCCAUUUGUUGUGACACGAGCGCGCCCCCGAGGAACGGCGCGCCGGCCCGGCGGGGGCGCGCUCUGUAACUGCCUGCGUGCCCCACAGCCGGGCAAGCCGCGGCUGGUUGUGGUGCGGACGCGGCCCUGGCCACCGUGGUGCCGCUAACCUCCAGGCCGCAUGGCCCGCGGCCGCUGCCCGUCGCCGGCCGCCGCCUGCAGCCAGGCCCGCUGCCGUCCACCCGCGGCCGCCCGGGCGCAGGACCCCCGGGUUGCUCCGACUCCUCCAUGUGCAGCUCCGUGCUGGCCGGCCAGACUACAUCAAUGAAUUGGUGGCCUAGCAACCUUCAAAGUUGCCAGAACAAAGGGGAUUUAGCGAUGGAGGCCUUGUUGGAAGGAAUACAAAAUCGAGGGCAUAGCGGGGGAUUUUUGACAUCCUGUGAAGCAGAACUGCAGGAGCUCAUGAAACAGAUCGACAUAAUGGUGGCACAUAAGAAAUCUGAAUGGGAGGGGCAGACGCACGCGCUGGAGACUUGUUUGGACAUCCGCGAUCGGGAGCUGAAGACGCUGAGAAGUCAGCUGGACAUGAAGCACAAGGAGAUUGGAAUGUUGCAUCAGCAGAUAGAAGAACAUGAAAAAAACAAGCAAGAAAUGGCCAUGGAGUAUAAGCAGGAGUUAAAGAAGCUGCAGGAGGAAUUAGGCAGACUGAAAAGAAGCUAUGAAAAACUGCAGAAAAAGCAACUAAGAGAAUUUAGAGGAAAUACCAAAAGUCUGCGGGAGGAUCGGUCCGAGAUUGAGAGGCUGACUGGAAAAAUAGAGGAAUUCCGACAGAAGUCUCUGGACUGGGAGAAGCAGCGUUUGAUUUAUCAGCAACAGGUGUCUUCUCUGGAAGCACAAAGGAAGGCUUUAGCUGAACAGUCGGAGAUCAUUCAGGCUCAGCUUGCUAACCGGAAACAGAAAUUAGAGUCUGUGGAGCUGUCCAGCCAGUCAGAAAUCCAGCACCUGAGCAGUAAGCUCGAGCGGGCCAAGGACACCAUUUGUGCCAAUGAGCUGGAAAUAGAGCGCCUUAAUAUGAGGGUCAAUGACCUGAUGGGGACCAAUAUGACUAUCCUGCAGGAGCAGCGGCAGAAGGAGGAGAAACUGAGGGAGUCUGAGAAGUUAUUAGAGGCUCUGCAGGAAGAACAGAAAGGAUUGAAGGCAAGUCUUCAAUCUCAAGAAAACUUCAUCCUUGAGGCAAAAAUGCAGAAGGAGAAACUACAAACAAAAUUGAAGACAGUUGACACUCCGCACUCCAUAGAAAGCAUGAGGCCGCUGGAGAAGUGUCAGGUGGAAAGGAAGUUCCCUUCUCCAGGCCCAGGAGUCCUAGAUAAUGUGCUGUCACAGCUGGACUUCAGCCACACCAGCGAGGAGCUCCUGCAGGCAGAGGUGACUCGUCUUGAAGGCAGUUUGGAAUCUGUGAGUGCAACAUGUAAACAGCUGAGCCAAGAAUUAAUGGAAAAAUAUGAAGAACUGAAGAAAAUGGAAGGGCAUAACAAUGAGUACAGGACCGAGAUUAAAAAGUUGAAAGAACAGAUUCUGCAGGCUGAUCAGACCUAUAGCUCUGCGCUGGAAGGAAUGAAGAUGGAAAUCUCCCAGCUGACUCGCGAGUUACACCAGCGAGAUAUCACUAUUGCUUCUGCCAAGUGUUCUUCCUCAGACAUGGAAAAGCAGCUGAAGGCAGAGAUGCAGAAAGCAGAAGAAAAGGCAGUAGAGCAUAAGGAGAUUCUGAGUCAGCUAGAAUCACUCAAGUUAGAAAAUCGCCGUCUUUCUGAAACAGUGAUGAAGCUGGAACUGGGCUUGCACGAGGCAAAAGAGAUUUCACUAGCAGACCUUCAGGAGAAUUAUAUUGAGGCAUUAAAUAAAUUAGUGUCUGAAAAUCAACAACUCCAGAAAGAUCUGAUGAACACCAAGUCUCAGCUGCAGCAUGCUACUCUCGUGUGUAAAAAUAAAGAUGGCAGUAUUUUUAAACCAGCACAUAGCAGAGCAGCCGAGUUCAAGAACACAGAGUCUAAGCCAACCCAUGGCCAGCACAGACAUGAUGGAAUAAAGACUGAGCAGUAUAAAACAGGUCACCACCCGCCUCGAGAACAAAUGUUGGGUAGCAAAGACCCUAUGGCCAGGGGCCCCAGUCCUCGGAGUUCUCACAUCAGCCCUGACAGCUCCACCGUGUCUCUGCCUUCCAACUUUCUGUGCCAUGCUCACUCUUUGCCUUCAAUGCUAGAUAUAAAUGAUGCCAACUUUUCUGAUGUCCUGUCUGACUGUAUGAAUGACCAAGAAGAGUUUGUGUCUUCGUGCUCGCUGCCCAUCUCUCCUCUGGGAUCGAUAGCUACCAGGUUCCUGGAGGAGGAGGAGCUACGGUCGCACCAUAUUCUAGAGCGCCUGGAUGCACACAUUGAAGAGCUGAGAAGAGAAAGUGAAAGGACGGUGAGGCAGUUCACGGCCCUUGUGUAGCCCUGGACAGCCGCAGACAGAUGGCUUGGUUAUAAAGUUAUAAUACAGAGGAUGCCGGCGAGAGCAGCGGUGAAAAAUCUGCACUAAUUAUUUUCACUGACUUGUUUGAAGGACUUCUCCCAACAGUAACUUGUGAGAAUAAACCAAUUUGCAGACUUUUCUCACAUGAAUAUUUAUUACCACAAAGCAAUACUUUUUCUUUCUGACUGAAAUGUGAAUAGCUGUGUACUAAUUACAAUAAAGAUUUUCUAAUGCAGUUUGAAAACAAAGAAACUACAGCGCUUCCCUUAAGGAAGUAUGUAGUGGAAGCCUGGCUCUAGAGUUGCUCAGCUGGCUUCGUACCCUUUCUCACCAUGUUACACGCAAGGUCUGGCUAGAAGUGUGUGAAGGGCAUGGGGAAAUCCUUUGCCCCACCCCGAAGUCCAAGAGUGUGGGGCUCCUGGGACAGCUAGUGUGAAUGCUCAGCAUUUGCAUGCUGACGAGAGAGCCAGAUGGGAGACAGGGUUUGAAGCCACACUGUUGACAACCAAGGAGGUGUGGGAGAGAGGAGAAGAGCGGGGUUCUGGGCAGCGGAGGAUCACAGGAGCCGGACCAGUACAGGAAGUGGAGUGUGCAGUUGAGAUAAGGAGAAGGCGCAUGCUGUCCUUGCCAGCUCAGGGACCCAGAACCUUCCAUUCCCCCUGCUAGUGGGUCCUACCCAUCAGCGCACAAACAUCCUAGUGUUUCUUCUUCCUUUAAAGAGAAACAGGAAAACUGGUCAUCUCCUCCAUACGAUUUGCUCCUUUUCAGCAAACAUCUCCAUAAACAGCUGUUGGCAGUGAUGGUUCUGCUUGGUCUCCUCUCUCCUGAGCCCUCUUUGCUCUAACGUUGCUCUCCUGCCACGGGGGACCCUAUCAACCUAAGCUCUGCACAUCAUUCUCAUCUUCCUUUGCCCCUGCAGGCUCCCUCUGUCUGCCCGGUCUCUCCACAUCAUUUGCCAUCACUGGAGGGCUCUAGAUGGCUUUCCUCACUUAGCACAGUCUUCUCUAGAACAUUCCAUUCUGUUCCCAAGCUCUUACGACCAUGUAAAGCCAGUGUACUCUACAGUCAAGGAAUGAGAGCUGCCUCCGGAUGGUGAGAUGUCUUGGUGGUCCCUGGACUUUGGUUUUUCAGAUUUGUUACUACCCAAAUUUGUUCAAAGUAAGUAAAUUUGUUUCUUAGCAGCUUUUAAAAAAUUCACUGCUCAGGGCAAAUGAGGCAUGGGAAGUUUACUUUGUUGUUGUUGAGUCAGGGUCUCUUGUUGCCCAGCCUAUCCUGGAGCAUCCUAGGUAGCCAAGGGCUGCCUUCUGCCUGCACCUAUCGUAGGUGCUGGAUCACAGCACCGGCGUGUCUGGGGACGACGUCUUCCUUCGCUGUUUACAGACACUGCUGUGUCACAUAACUUGGGUCAUUCCUCUUGCCCUAGAUUCCUGAUGAAUUUGUGUCUAGAUUCUAGGAAGCAGUGGCAGUAAUUUCCCCCACUUUAUAAGGAAAUUAAAAUGGUCUGUGGAGGGUCCUGGAGCUCUCCCUCUAGCAGAUCCAAGAGGAAGUGUGGACUCCAGGCAAUGAAUGACCUUCCUCCUAAUUCCAGCACAGCCCGUUUCAGUUAGGUGAUCCUGAGCCACUGACCUAAACCUCUCUAUGCUUCAGUUUUAUCAUCUGUAAGAGAGAACAGUAAAAAGAGUGCCUACCUUGGGGUUUUUGUGAAAAUGAACUCAGUAUGUUUGUAAAGCACGUAGCAGCUCACUUGGCACAGCAUACUCUGGAAGUAUCUUAAGUGGGAAAUAACAAGCGCCUUCUGCUCUGUGAUGUCUCCCUGACUUCAGGUCCUACCUCCCCUCUCCCAGGGACAAGGAAGAUGUAGGAGCUGUGCAUUGUGUUUUCUGUUUGCAGAACACCCUUGAGUCCAGAACUUAAAAGUUACAGGUGAGAAUAAUGCUGCAAAACAAUCUGUAUGUUACCGAGGACAUGGGUGACAAACAGUUGUCGUGAAGAGCAGUGACGCACAGGAUGGAGACAAGAGAAGGGAGUUGUCAGCAAAGGCAGAGGAGGAAACACUUUUACUCCAAAGGCUUCUGCUGCCUCUGAGGUUGAAGCAGACAUCUGCCUUAGGAGAAGCUGAGCUUGGCCAGGUCUGGUGAACACCUGUUUAGGCGACAGGUGUUGGGGGAGACUGUAAUAGUCUCCUAACUGAUAAAGAAUCUGCUUUGCUUCCUUACAGUUGCAGGACGAAGGCUUAGGGUGAAGUGUGAUCAGAACUGGUUCUGAGAGGUUCCCAGGCAUGAGGGCUUGAAGCUGGACCGGAGAAAAAUCUGUGGGUGGGUGUUCAGACUUUAGAGCAGCCCACUGUAAACGCUAUUCUAAGAGAAAUUUAGAUAGUUCCAGCACACUGCUCACACUUUCCUCCGUGGGAACCUAGAAUCUGGGCAUUUUAUGCUGCCCCCUUUGGCAGUUAAUCAAAAGUGGGUUUACAGUCCUGGAAAAAGUAAGCAUCUAGCUCAUGUGAUGGCUGGACCGUGGAAGGCCCAGAAACUCCUAGGUACCAGAUGAAAAAAAGAGGUGUGUGCACAUGUGUUUGUAUGACAGUGAAUUUUCGUUAAGAUUCUUACAGAUAUUUGUGAGCUGAAAAGAGAUUUAAGAGCCACAGCUUUCAGGACUUAAGUGCCCUGGAGAUAAUCUCUUGUUUCCUGGUGAGAGAUGUAAAGUUGGAGUCAAAUCCUCCUUACUGUGUUAAGUUUUAAAGUAUAGUAGAAAAUGAAAACUAUUCAAUAAUAAAAAAAUGCCCACAUUUUUUCUUUUUAAAUUGUUUUUAUUGAGCUAUAUAUUUUUUCUUGCUCCUCUUCCUUCUCCCCCUCCCC